AUCAGCGACGGAGAGGAAGGAGGAGGAAGAGGAGGAGAAGAGGAGGAGGAGAGGAGGAGGAGGAGGGGAGGCGCUCCGGUCGCCGUCAGUGGGCAGCGGAGACACGGCAUGCCCCUGGCAGGGGAGAGCGGGCUGUCCUCAGCUGGGCCAUGGGGACCCAAGCACUGACAAUGCCGGGGUGACAGGAGCAGCGCCAGCCACCCCGCCACCUCCACCACCAUCACCUCCCGCACUCAGCCUCCCCACCGGCCAGCACAGCACCAGCCUCCGCGUCUCUCUCUCUCUCUCUCUCUCUCUCUCUCUCUCUCUCUCUCUCUCUCUCUCUCUCUCUUAUUGUCUCCCACUCUCCAGGGGAUGGGGUCGGCUGAUGAUUAGGUCGGAAGCAAGAUUUUCCUCCAAAGUAUGGUAAUAUUUAUGUAGGGAGAGAGAGAGAGAGAGAGAGAGAGAGAGAGAGAGAGAGAGAGAGAGAGAGAGAGAGAGAGAGAGAAAGAAACGGGAGGAGGGGAUACGGAAAUUAAACCCUUUAAGUCAAUGCAUAUUGUGGUGACACAGGCACAGGAGCCCUCACGGUGGAGUCGGCCAGGGCUGUGCGUUCCCAAAAUAUGACCAGGGGUGCUUGGAUGUGUCGGCAGUAUGACGACGGCUUAAAAAUCUGGUUGGCAGCACCCCGGGAGAACGAGAAACCGUUCAUCGAUUCAGAGCGGGCUCAGAAAUGGCGACUGUCUCUGGCUUCUCUCCUGUUUUUCACAGUCCUGCUCUCUGAUCACUUGUGGUUCUGCGCCGAGGCCAAGCUGACCCGGACCCGGGACAAAGAGCAUCACCAACAGCAGCAUCACCAACAGCAGCAGCAGCAGCAGCAGCAACAGCAGCAGCAGCAACAGCAGCAGCAGCGGCAGCAGCAGCGGCAGCGGCAGCAGCAGCAGCAGAGGCAGCGGCAGCAGGAGCCCUCCUGGCCCGCGCUCCUAGCCAGCAUGGGGGAGUCCUCGCCCGCCGCCCAGGCACAGAGACUCCUCUCCGCCUCCUCGUCCCCCACCCUGCCCCCCUCCCCGGGAGGCGGCGGUGGCGGUGGCGGCGGCAGCGGCAGCAGCAGCAAGGGCAACCGAGGCAAGAACAACCGGAGCAGGGCUCUUUUUCUAGGAAACUCUGCCAAGCCGGUGUGGCGCCUGGAGACUUGUUACCCCCAGGGCGCCUCCUCCGGCCAGUGCUUCACGGUGGAGAGCGCAGAAGCGGUGUGCGCCAGGAACUGGAGUCAGGGGGCGGCCGCGGGGGAGGAGCAGUCGCCCAGGGGCUCUCGGACAACUCCGUUGUGGAACUUGUCGGAUUUUUACCUUUCGUUUUGUAAUUCCUACACACUUUGGGAGUUGUUUUCGGGGCUGUCCAGUCCCAGCACUUUGAACUGCAGUCUGGACGUGGUGCUCACGGAGGGCGGUGAGAUGACCACGUGUAGACAGUGCGUCGAGGCUUACCAGGACUAUGACCACCACGCUCAGGAGAAGUACGAAGAGUUUGAAAGCGUCCUGCACAAGUACUUACAGUCGGACGAGUACUCGGUGAAGUCGUGUCCAGAGGACUGCAAGAUUGUCUACAAAGCCUGGCUCUGCUCCCAGUACUUUGAAGUCACGCAGUUUAACUGCAGAAAGACAAUUCCUUGCAAGCAAUAUUGUUUGGAGGUGCAGACGAGGUGUCCGUUCAUAUUGCCCGACAAUGACGAAGUCAUUUACGGAGGCCUCUCCAGCUUCAUCUGCACAGGGCUCUACGAAACCUUCCUAACCAAUGAUGAACCUGAAUGCUGUGACGUCAGGAGCGAGGAGCAAUCCGCACCCCGACCCAAAGGGACCGUGGAAAAAAGAGACUCCUGUCCCAGGACGUCGCUCACGGUGUCCUCGGCCACGAGACUGUGCCCCGGCCGGCUGAAGCUGUGUGUCCUCGUCCUCAUCCUCCUUCACACAGUGCUCACGGCCUCCGCGGCGCAGAACUCCACCGGGCUGGGCCUGGGCGGCCUCCCCACGCUCGAGGACAACUCCACCCGGGAGGACUGAGCGCAUCCGGGGAGCGCGUGCGCGCAGCGCCGGGCCGGGCAGGUGCACGCGCGCGCACGUGUUGUGUGCAGAGCAGCAACGACCCCACCCGGGGGUACUCAACUGCUGCUGCCCGCCCGGGAACUGAACCCACCCGGGUGCUUUACCCUCGGACUCCCGCAAGGCCUGUGGGUAACAUUCAACAAGAUGGGCCCGAUUCCCAACAAGGACACAGCCGCAGCUUUUUUCCGACUUAAGAGGCUGCAAGUGACUCAGUUUCUCACACCAUUUUAUACACUGUGUUUUAACGUUUCGAGGUUUUCUUUGCUUUCGGUUCGGUUUGGGUUCGUUUUCCGUUUAUUUUGUUUUAUUUUGUUUUGUUUUUCUGCCCUUGUUAAUGCAGGAUUUCUUUGAGGGUAAACUAAGUCUCUCCAUUGUCUGUCUAUUUCUAGUCAUUGUGUGUCCAUCACAUACUUCUGUCUAUGUCCUGUCAGUUUCCAAUAGAGGAAUGACCGCUAUAACCUCACGGUGUAGCAAAAAAAGAAAAACAACAAAAAAAGUAUA